AGCAUUGAUAUAAAGCCUCAUUAGAAAUUGCCCCGCAUACUCGAUACAUACUUGCAUUGGAGCCUCGCUGUCAUACGUGACAUCACUACAAAUUACUGAAGUAAGAGAAGGAGAAGAAGAAGAAGAAGAAGAAGAAGAAGACGCAGCAGCAGAAGGAGGAGGAGGAGGUAGCCUAUACUGCGCCUAAAUACAGAAAUGGCAGAAGCCAGUUUUUCUCAGGAGCAGUUCAGCUGUCCAGUGUGUCUGGAUCUACUGAAGGAUCCAGUGGCCAUUCCCUGUGGACACAGUUUCUGUAAGAGCUGUAUUACAUGCUGCUGGGAUCAGGAGGAUCAGAAAGGAGUCUACAGCUGCCCUGAAUGCAGACAGACCUUCACUUCUAGACCUGCUUUAAAUAAAAACACCCUGCUGGCUGAAGUGGUGGAACAACUGAAGAAGACUAAACUCCAAGCUGCUGUUCCUGCUGAACCGAAAGAUGUGGAGUCUGACAUCUGUACUGGAAGAAAACACAAGAAAGUAAAGAAAACGUCAGGAAAAAAACAUCUGAUGAUUUUAAAAGAGCGACAGAGUAAGUUCCAGCAGAGAAUCCAGCAGAGAGAGAAAGAUCUUGAGAAGUUGAGAGAGGCUGUGGAGUCUCAUAAGCGCUCUGCAGAUACAGCAGUAGAGGACAGUGAGAGGAUCUUAAUUGAGCUGUUACGCUCCAUUGAGAAUAUCUGCUCUAAGGUGACACAGCGGAUCAGAGAUCAGGAAAGGGCUGCAGUGAGUCGAGCUGAAGGAUUCAUGGAUCAACUAGAGCAGGAGAUUGGUGAUCUGAGGAGGAGAGACGCUGAGCUGGAGCAGCUUUCACACACACAUAAUUUCCACAAGAGAUUCCAGUCUCUCUCUAAACCUCCUGAACCUACAGAUGUACCCAGCGUCACUGUCAGCUCUCUCCUGUCUUUUAAAGAUGUGGGAAAGUCUGUCUUUCAACUGAAAGAAAAACUGGAGGAUUUCUGUAGAGAGGAGAUAGACAAGAUAACUGGCAGAGUAACAUACACUGAAAUUAUUCCCAUCAAUGAACCCAAGAUCAGGGAGGACUUCCUACAAUAUUCCAGUCAGUUCACUCUAGAUCCAAACACAGCAAAUAAACACCUCCAUCUGUCUGAGGGGAACAGAGUGGUUACUUUCACUGCCAGUGUCCAACAGUAUCCUGAUCAUCCAGACAGAUUUCAUUAUUAUCCUCAGGUGUUGUGCAAAGAGAGUGUGUGUGGACGCUGUUACUGGGAGCUUGAGUGGAGUGGGAGUGGAUUUGUGUGUAUAUCAGUGUCUUAUAUGUACAUCAACAGGAAGGGAAAGAGAGAUGAGUGUGUGUUUGGAUAUAAUGAUCAGUCCUGGAGUUUGAUCUGCUCUACCUCCAGAUGCUCAUUCGUUCACAAUGACAGUAAUACUGAACUCCCUGUACCCUUCAGCGGCUGUAGAAUAGGAGUGUAUGUGGAUCACAGUGCAGGAACUCUGUCCUUCUACAGCGUCUCUGACACAAUGACCCUCAUCCACAGAGUCCAGACCACAUUCACUCAGCCUCUCUAUCCUGGGUUUGGAGUUAUAAAUGGGUCAGCAGUAAAACUGUGUGAUCUAACACUAUAGAUUACAGAGAGCUGACUGUAGUGUUCACAGUUUUAAAUGUUACUUGCCAUUGUGACAGUAGCCCCAUGUCUGCUUAUCCACCUACACUAAAUAUUCCUCCAUAUCCAAGUAUACAGCCCCCAACAGUUCCCUUAUGCACUUGUUUCCCAGUUUAUCUUUUGUUCAACAACAAAUACUGCGUAAACCCAAUCUUUAGCCACUUAAACAUCAGUCAACUAUCACUGUUGUUUUAGGUUUAUAGAGGACCCAAGUUUUUUAUACCUCACAAGAGAGGAUGAAACCUAAUACAUAAUGUUGAAAAUGGCUUUGUCUAAUUUGUUGGACCCACAUGAGACUUAGCUUAGUUUAGCUCAUGUCCUUGCCAACCCUGAACCAAAUGAAACUGAGUUUUGAUUGAGUAACUUGCAGAUAUGUGCUGACUCAAGCUGCAAACUGUUUCAGAUGGUUCAGUCUGAUGUGGUGAAGUGGUUCAUCCAGUUAUGAAUUAUCAUCUUUACUGAUUAAAAACCAGUUUGACUUUUUUUCCCACAUGUCUACAGAAGUUCUUAUUGAGAAUUAACAGUGGUUUAGCUCUAGUUUAUGUUCAUUAUACUGAAAAUGUUUAAAUGUCACCAUUAUGGUGAUUAGUGUUUCCUUUAGUUGGGCACUGUAUCUGUUUUUUUUUUUUUUUUAAUAAUUCGAUUGUCAUUUGCAAUGCUUCAUGGGAUUGUUUCCCUCUUUAAAGCCAUUAAGUACACAGUCUUGUACCUUUGUCUUUUUGUCCAAUUUUCAAAGACAUUUUUUGUUUUUAAAAAUUCAAAGUUUAUAAUGUUGUGAUUCACCUCGUAGCUAGUUUAUUUGGUUCAAGGCUUAUAACACUUUAACAAAACUUUAAAGGCUUUUUAAAAAUUGCUAUGGGAAAAAUGAAUGCUAAAAAUACUUCUGAAACCAAGGCAGCUUAAAAAAAGUGUACGGGCACUGUUGUACUCCAUUGUGAAUGUUACCUGGGUUUCCUGGUAGCCUUUGUAAGGGAAAUGUUAUUUUUGUAUAUUCAGUCAAUACUACUUCUAAUAUUUUAUCAAUGUUGUUAAUUUUGCACGAAAUACGGAGAUUAUCUUACAUAACAUUUUAAGUGAAAGAUACAUUUUGGUUUGUAACUUAUUUUGAAUGAGUAAUCUGCUGUUUGUUUCUGAAUGGAGGAUGUAUAGGGAGGCAGAAAGACUGUGUUAUUCUUUUUUAUGUUUAAGUUUUUGAUUAUUAUAUACUGUUUGUUCUAAUAUAUUGUAAAAAAAAAAAAAAAAAAAAAAAAAAGAAGAAAAAAAUUGCUCUCUGUCACCCCGAUCGAGUUUGUAUACUGUGAGCUGUGAUCACAAGUUUUGUUCUUGUGUGAAACCCUUUUUCUGAUAACUGUGUUGCUGACUAUUCUUGUUUCUGUCUAUGUGACUUUCAGCACAUUGCUCAACGAACUAACUAAAGCAAUAUCCUGUUUUUGUAUUAUUAUAUAUUCUGUCCGUCCGUAAUAAACUAAGAAUCAACUGAGCAGCAA